GGAGGAGGAAUUUUAAAGGCACGGCAGUGGAGUUCGUUCGAUCGAUCCUACGGCCCGGCUGCUAAUCUAGUGCAGUCUGCUCAAAACUCUGCUGCGACUCGGAUUGAACUCAUCACCCGACAAUUUUCUGGGAUUGCCGGUGCUUUGCAUUUGGAGACACUCUAUUGGCUGCUGCAACUGCAGGACUGCUGGGGCUUCUUCUUUUGUUCCAGGUCAGCAUACCAUAAGCAUUCAGCAUACCAUAAGCAUUCAGCAAAUGUCUUCUCUUCAGUUAGAGGCCUCUGGCACAAGUGAGAGCACUGAUAAUAGUUCGUCACAAACACCAAAUAGAAGGGCACCAAUCUGGGAGUAUUAUGAGCCGGAAUUAGUCAGGAUAGAUGGUGCACUAAAAGCAAUUUGCAAGUACUGUGGAACAAAAUUGAUUGCAAACAGGAAAUCAGGUACAAACAGCCUUAGAACUCACAUUGCAGAGUACUGCCCCAAAGUCCCUAGUGAUGAUAGGAACAGAUUUGUCGCUACAAUGAAGAAAAAGCCAGAUGGUCCAUUCACCUUUAAUAAGCAGAGAAGUCGCGACCUGAUGAUUGCAUGGAUUGUUAGAGCUGAUGUAGCAUUCAACAAGUUUGAUGAUGAAGGUUUUGAGCCUUGGAUGGAGUCACUGCAACCCACUUUUAGCGGCAUAGGGAGACAAACGAUUCGUAAUGAUUGUGUUGCUAAGUUUGAGAGAGCAAAGAUAGAAUUAUGAAGUGAACUUCAGAGUCUUAGCUCUCGCAUAUGCUUCACUUCGGAUCUUUGGACAUCAAACCAAAAGUUGGGAUAUCUUUGUGUUACAGCCCACUAUAUUGGCCCUGAUUUUGUUUUGAAGAAAAAGAUAAUUGCAUUUAAGGAUGUGAAGUAUCCACAUACAGGUGUUGCUAUUGAGGAAGCCAUUACAACUGUUCUGACAGACUAUGGAAUCAAAUAGAAGAUGUUCACAAUAACACUGGACAAUGCAGCAAACAACAAGACAGCUUGUGAUCUUCUGCAAGAAAGCGGAAAGCAAGACAUGUUAUUUGGUGGUGAGCAUCUUCUUGUUAGAUGUUGUGCUCAUAUACUCAACAUUCUUGUGCAAGACGGUAUGAAUGUUGCUAGUGCUGUGAUAGAAUUGAUAAGAGACCUAAUUAGGAACAUUAACUCAUCACCAGCGCGUAUCCAGAAUUUCAAUGAGAUAGCUCAAAGAGAAGGUCUUACUGCAAAGGCUGGUUUAGUCCUUGAUGUUCCAAAUCGUUGGAACUCAACAUAUGCCAUGAUUAUGGAGGCAGCAAAGUACAAGACCGUCUUGAAACGAUAUGCCACAGUAAACCAGCAACCAUUUCCAACCAAAUCUGAGUUUAGUAAAGUUGAGUCCAUUGGUGAAUUCCUUGGAGUUUAUGAAGAAACUACCAGGACGUUCUCAGCUGAUAGAUAUCCAACAUCCCACAUGUUCCUGGAUAAUGUGCUUUGCAUCCAUCAAACUCUGAGAAGUCCAGAAUGGCACAAGGAUCAGUUUAUCACUGAUUUGGCAAAUACAAUGGAUAAGAAAUUUGAUAAGUAUUGGAAUGGAAAUUACAAUAUGCUCCUUCCUAUUUGCAGCAUACUUGAUCCAAGAAAGAAACUUGACCUCCUUGAUUUCUUCUAUGAGAAGGUGUGCAGCAACUUUAUUGACAUUGAAAUUAGCACAAAUAUGAUUAAAGAGUGGCUUCGCAAGUAUUUUAGGAAGUAUGAAGAGGUUAUAAGAAGAAAUAAAACAAAUGUGGUGUCACAAACUGCACAGUCCACAAGCAUGGUGAACCGUUCUCCAGUGCUAGUGCUAGGAAAAAGAAGACUGGAACAAGAAUUUGCUGAAUACAGGAAUCGGAGGAGAGGGACUAGGAUUGAAAAAUCAGAACUUGAUGCAUAUCUAGAAGAGCCACCAGUGAGACCAGAUGAAAGAUUUGAAAUUCUGACUUGGUGGAAAACAAACUCCAACAAGUAUCCUGUGCUGUCAGCAAUGGCACGUGAUUUUUUAGCAAUUCCACUCAGCACUGUUUUGUCUGAAUCUGCAUUCAGCUUGAGCGGUCGGAUUCUUAGUGACAAUCAAAGCUCAAUGAAACCAUAAACUCUUCAAGCUUUG